CAUCAAAACUGUAAUAAAACCCUGAAGUAUGUUCAGAGCAUGUUAAAUAAACAAAAAUUAGGUCAUGCUAUGAAAUAGUAAUGCAGACACGUGGGCGGAAGUCAGCUACGUCAUCACAACAGUAAAAGCAGCCAGUCCGUGGAUGUGACACGCUUACAAAUCCGUGGAAAACAACCGACAGCAGCAGGGAACCAUGAUCCGGCCCCAGCAGCGUGUCUAACCCGCUCCCCGCUCCAACACCGCCGGAUCCUUCGCCGUUCCUCUCCCCGCACCGAGUCCGCGGAGGCUGCGGCGCCAUGGUGGAGCAGUCGGACCGAGCCCCGCUGCUGGACUGGGAGGAGAUCCCACCGCCCGACCCGAACCAAGCGGCCCAGCCGCCGCCUGAGCCGCAGCGGGAGGACGACACCGCCGCGACGGACAAACGGACACCGAUGUCCGGUACGGGGUGGAGCGGCGCCGUCACCGCCGUCCCCACCGCCGUUACCUACAGCCCCACACGGAACAUCACAGCCGUGGUUGUGAGCAGGGACAAGCCGCCCGGGUGCGGCUUCGCUCGCCAGCAGCCUCCCGGUUCGACCCUCCCGUUCCCCGGGGUCACGGCGCGGGGUCAGUGGGAGGAGAAGGACCAGAUCGUGGCUGUUUUUGUGGUGACUUUUGAUACGAGAUCAGGGAAUAUGGUGGAGUGGUGUCUCCCUCAUGACGUCAACCUGGACGGAGUGGAGUUCAAGUCCAUGGCCAGCGGCUCCCACCGGAUCACCAGUGACUUCAUAUAUUUUCGUAAAGGGAAAUACUUCGGGCUGGCCUGCUUCGCCAACAUGCCGGUGGAGAGUGAGCUGGAGCGCGGAGCGAGGAUGAAGUCCGUGGGAAUCCUGUCUCCGUCCUACACUCUGCUGUACCGAUACAUGCACUUCCUGGAGAACCAAGUCAGACACCAGCUACAUUGUCCAGGCCAGUACUCGCCGCUGGAGGCCUUUUACGAGGAUAAGAAGGCGGUUCUGCCGCCGACAGGAAACGGUUUGGUUUCGUUGUGCCCAACCUGGACCGUCUCCGCCAUAAAUCGCUGCAUGCACCCAGAGAUGAAGAUCACCCACCCGGCUGGCUGCAUGUCCCAGUUCAUCCAGUUUUUCGGCGAGCAGAUCAUGGUGCUGUGGAAGUUUGUUCUGCUCCGGAAGCGGCUCCUCAUCUUCUCUCCUCCGCCCAUAGGCGUGGUCUGCUACCGGGUGUACUGCUGUUGCUGCCUGGCUAAUGCUUCCAUCCCUGGAAUCGGUGGUUCUGUGCCUGAAUUACGGCCGUUUUUCUACAUCAACAUUGCUGACAUCAGCACCCUGGAAACAGAGUUUUCAUACGUCGCUUGCACCACAGAGAAGAUUUUUGAGGACAAGAAGGAGCUGUAUGACGUCUACAUUGAUAACCAGAAUGUGAAGACGCACAGAAGCCAUCUGCAGCCGCUGCUGAGGCUGAACGCAGCAGAUAAGGAGAAGUACAGGAAACUAAGUGAACAAAGACAGAUGCUGCUGUACUCUCAGGAGGUGGAUGAAAACUGCACAGCGAAUGAAGAGGAUCUGUUCAUUUUGUUCUUCAUGGAGCUGAACAACCGGAUCUUCCAGACCCUGUGUGAGGUGGCGGGCAGCUCUGACCCCACCAUCACCGCUGACCACAUGAGGGCCAUGGGGCUGGACCCCCAGGGGGACCGCUCCUUCCUGGAGGACCUGCUGGAGGUUUACGGCAUCGACGUCACGCUGCUCAUAGACAACCUCUGCUGCUCCUAAACCCCCCACCUCCACCCAUCGCCUCCAGGACAGCAGCCCCCCCACAGAGCAACACACUGGAAACACUGCCCCCAUCUGGGGGUUUUAAUCUGUUCACCUCUGGGUUUAUGGAGCCGGCCCACUGUGGGUGAUCUGGACACUCAGUUGGGGAGAUGAUUGUUGGAUCCUGGUUUGACGGUUCAGAAAGUCUCAAAGUUGCAUUAAGGAAAAAAAAGUUUCUCCCCCACUGGAGUUAAUUUGUCUACUUGGAUUCAUUUCAUGGGAAAUUAAACAGACUCAAACCCCUCAACAUGCUGUGAACUUCUGGUUCUGGUAAAUCUACUUUAUUCUGCGUUUCAGAAAGGAAACAAUAUGAAAGUUAAAAACUUUUUUGUAAGCGAAAGGGAAACGAAUGGGACUGAUUCUGUUUUAUUACUGGAAGACGUGAAUAUCAUGAAGCAUCCAGUCAUGAGGAGGAUGAAUAUUAUUGUUUCUGGGCUUUUAAUGAUGUUUUAACCUGAUUGAAAAUACAAAAUAUAAUUUCUAUUAUCUUUAAAUAUAAAGAUUUAUUGAGUUUUCCAUUAUAACACGUCAAUCUGUUUGAGAUGAACUCCUCUUUCAUUUUCCCUGUCAAAUUUAAAGUUGUGGAUUUUGGAGCAGAACUAAGACUAAAAGUAAAAUCGCCUCUUUAUGGAAAAUAGGUUUUCCAAAAAUUACUUUGUCAUAAACAGAAAAUUUGAUAAAUUGAUUGAUCGAUGAUGGUGUUCAAAAUCAAUGGCUGAAAUUUUGUGGAAUACUUAAAACCUGGUAAUCAAUCAACUUAAAUGAUUUCUACCUCAGUGGGAAGGAGUCAUUUAAAUUCAGUAAUAUUUCAAAACAUUUAUAAAGGAAAGCUAAACGUUGAAGACUGAUAUAUCACUCUCAUGCUAACAAUUCAAAACCCAUUCAGCAGCUCUGCUAAUCCUCCUCAUUUGCUUUUGCCGCUCCUCUUUAAAUAUCUUGCGUUGGAGUUGGGGAUCAUGAUGAAUGAAAUAUUUGGGUUGAACUUCCUCCUUUUCAGUUCCUCUUGUUGCCACAGUUGGCUUAAUAAAGGCUCUAAAAUGAACAAUUUGAAAAAGGACUUCAACUGAAAUAUCAUUAAUUUUUGAGCCUGUUUAAAACUGAGAAAUUCACAAUAAAUUCAAUUAUAUUAUUAUUAAAAGCCCCAAAUUAAUAUGACCUUCAUGACUGAAUGUAACUUCUGUGUAAGAAAGAGAAAGGCUGUUAAUAAAUACUUUAAGCUUUAUGCACUUUCACCACAGGCCGUAUCUGCUGGUCUUUCUCUGAUUACCAGACCAAAAGGAUGGGUGCAUUCUGGGAAAUGUAGUUUUUAAAACAUGUUUUUGUUAAAGCUUCACAUUUGUGAUAUUUGUUGGAGGUUUUCAGUGAACAUGCACCACAUAAUUUGAAUGCUGCACUCUGUCAAACACUGGAUUAUUUCCUCUCUCUCUCUCUCUCUCUCUCACACACACACACACACACUGUUGUGCUUAACUGUAACUUUUUAUAUGAUGGGUUUAUGAUUUAAACUCUUGAAUUAGCUGGUUUCAGGUGUCAACCAGAUAAUCUAACAUCAGAACCUUGUUCGCUCGUCAUAUUUUGUUGUUUGGGGGCUGAUGCAGGAACUUUGGCUGCCUCUCCUCCAGGCUUCGGAGACGGGCUGGAGGAGCUUUCAGUUCUUCGGUCAUUUUGAUAAUUUCAGUGAUUUGUUCCAUGUUGGAACACAGGAGGCUCACAGUAGAAACUGCAUUCCAGUGGGGCUUCAAACUUCUAACGGUCUCACUAUCAACUGUUACAAGCAUCGCUUCUGUAUUUCAAAUAUACGGUUUCAUUUUUUUAACCUUUAUGUGUGAUUUUGAGUUGGAUAAAAAGGAAAUGCACUAAUUGUGGCAGUUAAGCUUUAUUUCAAAUUUGGGGCCUUAAAAUGUAUUUUUUUCACAGAAAUGCUUGUUUGUAGUUCUGAUUGCUGAAUGUCUCUACACCGUGCUUCGCGUUAGCCAUCUGCAGAUUUCCUAUGACUGCUUUCGCUCUACAGCUUUAAUGUAAAAGGGAAUGUACACACACACGCCAUGCACUGGACACAUCGCCUUGUCUGUGUGGAAACCUCCACGGCUGUGGACUGUGGACAACAAGCUAACCGUCUCAGCCUUCUGAAUGUCAGCAGAGGCGUUGCUCCAGCAUCCACGCAGCCGUUUUCCUGACUGUAUUGUAAAUCCGGAGCGUUCACCACGUAGCAGUGAAGCCUCCACCAGUGUGAAACACACAAAGCCCUGCAGCAUGAUUACCUGUCAGUUUCACUGUAACACAAGAAAAUACUGAAUCUGGUUCAAUGUUAUUAAAUCCCACAGCUCUCCCUCUCAA